AUGGAAGUUUUACGGUCUGAGAUGCAACAGCAAGUUAAUAGACUAGAACAAGAGCUUCGCCGUUAUAAGGCUGAUCUUAUGAGCUACCGAACUGAAAAUGCUAGACUUGCAACACAGGUAACAUGUGCUAGUGGUACAAGACGAUUAAUGGGUUUAAUUGGACUUUCAAAUAGUGAUAUUUUUAUUUUUAUUGUACUACUUCUAAAUACUUUAUCUGUUGUUGGACUCGCCUACUUCUAUGGUCGUCAUAUGCAUUACUACUGA